ACUGUGGACUCAUGCAAGUGCCGGUCGGCAGCUCGUCAGCUCGUCGAGGUCGGACUGUUCCCGUGUGCACCACAGCGACCCUCCCUCGCAGUGGACAUGAAUGUCCUCGACUUCGCGCGACUGCUGUUCCUCAACAUAUCACCCAAUGUGACGGCCUGGUGCAAGGCAACAGAGGCGUUCCUCCUCGCACGCUCGCACAAGUUAAAUUAUUCUGACAACCUUCGCAAACGGUUUGGCGCCGCCUUGCUGUGGUAUACAUAUCUGUACGAC